GCAGUGAAGGAAAGAAGAACAAGGGGGAGAAAGAAUGGCAGAAGAUAUCAUUUAUGCUGACUUGUACUUGCCUGAAUCAGCCAGACCCAGAGUACAGAAGGUCACUGAUGUCCAAGGUUCUACAUACACAGAAGUGAAACUGAAUUCCCGAGACACAAAUGCUGCAACAGGACACACAUCAGCUGGUAGAAGCUGUUCCAGAAAACAUGUUGCUGCACUAGUUGCUUUAUUGGUUGUGAUAAUCCUCCUACUGGUCCUGGCUGGGUGUCUGGUACACCAGUAUCAUCCAACUGCAAGCAGCCCACAGGACUCAACAACAUUGCCCCAAGUCCCUGAUGAGGCACUAGCCUGCCCCAAACAAUGGGAAAAACAUGGGAGAAAAUGUUACUUCUUUUCUCCAAAUACACAAAAGGACUGGAAUGCCUCCCGUAAACAAUGUACUGCCAUGGGUUCAGACCUGGUGAUCAUUGACAACAAGGAAGAACUGCACUACCUCACUGAACAAUCAAGACACAAUUACUACUUACUUGGUCUCACAUACUCUGAGAGGGAGCAGAAGUGGAAGUGGAUUAACAACAUGGAACAUGACCCAGCCCUGUUUAAUAUAAGUGGACCUCAUGGUGACUAUCUCUGCACAGUCAUUGGAUUUAGGGAAGUACACACUGCACCUUGCAAGGGGGUCAAAUCAACACAAAAUAUGUGUGAAAAAGCUGCAACUCUUUCAGAAAAGCUGCAACGAAAGCUAGACAGAGAGCUAAAAAGAAGAGUUCCAGGCAGGAAUGUUAUCCCUAGCUUCCUGUAGGAUAUGUGGAUGGGAUUUUCGUCAUUCAUUUUUAGCUGCCCAAAUAUGUAGUCAAAGGUGCUCCUCCAGGCUCCCUCCAGACCUCUUGUCAACCUCAGCCCACCCUUUCCCAAGAUGGGAGUCUGAGACUGGGUGGAUCCCCCUCCAGAGGAACCUGCAUUUGCCCACAGUGGGAGUCUGGGACUUGCUCCUUCCAGAGAGAGCUCUGACUUUCAGGCAGCCCCAGUCAGGGGA